CACCGCGGCGACACGUGGAUCCAAGAUGGCGGCGGCGAUGGAUUGGUUGCCGUGGUCCCUGCUGCUCUCUCUCAUGUGGGAAACAGGCGCCUUCUAUGUCCCUGGGGUCGCGCCCAUCAACUUCCACCAGAACGACCCUGUAGAAAUCAAGGCUGUGAAACUCACCAGCUCUCGAACCCAGCUACCUUAUGAAUACUACUCACUGCCCUUCUGUCAUCCAAAACAAAUCACCUACAAGGCAGAGAAUCUGGGAGAGGUGCUGAGAGGGGACCGGAUUGUCAACACCCCUUUCCAGGUUCUCAUGAACAGCGAGAAGAAGUGUGAGGUGCUGUGCGGUGAGUCCAAGCCAAUGACCCUGAGCGUGGAACAGAGCCGGCUGGUGGCCGAGCGGAUCACAGAGGACUACUACGUGCACCUCAUCGCCGAUAACCUGCCCGUGGCCACCCGGCUGGAGCUCUACUCCAACCGCGAGGGAGACGACCGGAAGAAGGAGAAAGACGUGCAGUUUGAACACGGCUACCGGCUCGGCUUCAUGGAUGGCAGCAAGAUCUACCUGCACAAUCACCUCUCGUUCAUUCUCUACUACCACCGAGAGGACCUGGAAGAGGACCAGGAGCACACGUACCGCGUCGUCCGCUUCGAGGUGAUUCCCCAGAGCAUCAGGCUGGAGGAUCUCAAAACGGGCGAGAAGAACUCAUGUACCCUGCCCGAGGGCACCAACUCCUCACCCCAAGAAAUUGACCCAAACAAGGAGAACCAGCUGUACUUCACCUACUCCGUACACUGGGAGGAAAGCGACAUCAAGUGGGCCUCUCGCUGGGACACCUACCUGACCAUGAGCGACGUGCAGAUCCACUGGUUCUCUAUCAUUAACUCUGUCGUGGUGGUCUUCUUCCUGUCAGGCAUCCUCAGCAUGAUCAUCAUUCGCACCCUGAGGAAGGACAUCGCCAACUACAACAAGGAGGAUGACAUUGAAGACACCAUGGAAGAGUCUGGGUGGAAGCUGGUGCACGGCGAUGUCUUCCGGCCCCCCCAGUACCCCAUGAUCCUCAGUUCCCUGUUGGGCUCGGGCAUCCAGCUCUUCUGUAUGAUCCUCAUCGUCAUCUUUGUGGCCAUGCUUGGGAUGCUGUCGCCGUCCAGCCGGGGCGCUCUCAUGACCACAGCCUGCUUCCUCUUCAUGUUCAUGGGGGUGUUCGGUGGAUUCUCUGCUGGCCGUCUCUACCGCACUCUCAAAGGCCACCGGUGGAAGAAAGGCGCCUUCUGUACGGCGACUCUGUACCCUGGUGUGGUGUUUGGCAUCUGCUUCGUGCUGAAUUGCUUCAUCUGGGGCAAACACUCAUCGGGAGCGGUGCCCUUCCCCACCAUGGUGGCCCUGCUGUGCAUGUGGUUCGGCAUCUCUCUGCCCCUCGUCUACUUGGGCUACUACUUCGGCUUCCGCAAGCAGCCGUAUGACAAUCCUGUGCGCACCAACCAGAUCCCCCGGCAGAUCCCCGAGCAGCGGUGGUACAUGAACCGGUUUGUGGGCAUCCUCAUGGCCGGGAUCCUGCCCUUCGGGGCCAUGUUCAUCGAGCUCUUCUUCAUCUUCAGUGCAAUAUGGGAGAACCAGUUUUAUUAUCUCUUUGGCUUCCUGUUCCUCGUCUUCAUCAUCCUGGUGGUCUCCUGCUCCCAGAUCAGCAUUGUCAUGGUGUACUUCCAGCUCUGUGCAGAGGAUUACCGCUGGUGGUGGCGAAACUUCCUGGUCUCCGGGGGCUCUGCCUUCUACGUCCUGGUCUACGCCAUCUUUUAUUUUGUUAACAAGCUGGACAUUGUGGAGUUCAUCCCCUCGCUGCUCUACUUCGGCUACACGGCGCUCAUGGUCCUGUCCUUCUGGCUGCUCACGGGCACCAUCGGCUUCUACGCGGCCUACAUGUUUGUCCGCAAGAUCUACGCCGCUGUGAAGAUUGACUGAUGGGGGCGGACCGGACCAGGGCCGGGCCCACCUCGUCGUCGGACAGGAAGCCACCUGCGCAGGGGACUGCAGGCACUCAAAAUAAAAUCGCUCCUGCCCUUGGGGAUGUGACUCCUGGCACAGUGUUCCUGGACCUGGGGCUGCGCGGGCGCGGGAGGGCCUGUAGAUAAAUCUUGCAUUUUCCUUCAUCGUCUUACUCCGGUUCUGUGGGGGAUGCGGUUUUUUUGUGGGUUGUUUUUUCUUCAGUGCUGAGAAAGUUCCCUCGGCAGGAACUCUUGACCUGUUUCUUCAGGUUUGGUUUUGGUUUGGGGGUUUUUCUCCCUUUGUUUUUUUUUAUCAAAUGGAUCCAGGAUGGAUGAGUCCGCCGAGACACUGGGUUCUGGUCACUGUCUCCACCUCACGACUGACUGGGAGAGCGACCACCAGCCUUCCCAGGCUUCUUCCGGGCCCCCGAGCCCCUUCGCCACUGCCCUUUCCACGGACGCCGUGACGAAGCCCAGCUGCAGGCGGGACACACGUGCUCGGUGCCAGCCCGAGUCUCAUCCCUGGAUGUGGGGGGGGUGCCCGGGUCCCAGAACAGCAGGACACCCCCUGCUCAGAGUGGCCGGAGUUGGCUCGUCUAAAGAAGAGACUUAAGUGAACUGUCUUGUGCCAAGAAAUAAAUCCUGGACGUGGGGCCAAAUGUUUCCAGGCCAGGCGUGCGGGGGCUGUGUGGGACGAGGGCUCCCCCAGCCCCUUCUCCAGGGGCGACUGCUCUGCCAGCUAUGCGCGUGGCUGACCUAGGGCUUCCCCUGGGCUCGCCCUCCUCGGUGCCCACUCGGGGGUCUCUGAGCUCUCUCGGCAUCCACAGCACGCGUCUCCGCGGAUACCUGGAGCCUCUUCUGAUGGGACAGUGGGGGGUAAGUGCCGUCCUAACUGCCCCACUUCCCGGGAACAGGCUUAGAAAGCGGGAACGAAGGGGGCAGGCCUGGCUCCUCCAUCCAUAACCCUGGCUGCCCCCUGCCCCCGCCACCCCCCUGCACCUCAAGGAUAUCCGCUCUUCAGUGGCCAGCCACCAAAGCCACCACGGGAUGAGGGUUGAAGGAACAGCCACGCAGCCUGGCUCCAGCAGCUUUGGGUUCCUACCGAGAGACAAAGCCAGGAACACCCCACGCCCUUCACCCCUCCAGCGUCCCCCCCAACCCCACGGACUGCACCAAUCAAACCAGUGAACUCCGCCUCACCAGGUCACGCCACAGCGCCAGGUGGCACCCAGGAGUCUGGCGGCAGGAACGGGGUCCCGCGCCGAUGCUGAGAAUUCUUUUGUUCCUUCCAAUCGUGGGUUUGUUGUUUUUUUUCCCGAAGAGAUUCUCUUGUGGGGGCUUGUGGGGGAAAUGGACUCAUAAAGAGUUCGAAUAUCAUCCAUUUUUCUGACUUUUUAAAAUCAUCAUUAUUAUUUUUAAUUAAGAAAUAUGCCUGUAUGCCUUUUUUUGAUCCAGUUGUAAAUAAAUAUGCCAUUGUCCUAUU